UGAAAAUAUCCAUUAUUCAAGUGGUGGCUGCAGUUGCAUGCUGGCUUGUCUGUCAUGCAUCGAAAAAGAACUACAAGUAGAGGGACCUCCUGUACCACGAAGAUUAGUCAGCAACCUCCGAGACUUCUCCUUGUGCAUGCUGCUGCACCUUCCUGGGCUGACAUCCGCCCCAACCUCUGUGAGGCCUUGCAAAAUUUUUUCUCCAUAGCCUGCAGUUUGAUGGGCCCCAGCCGUAUGUCUCUGUUCAGCUUAUAUGCUGUACAAAACCAACAUGAGUGUAUCCUCCCAUUUGUGCAGGUGAGAGGGAACUUCGUUCGCCUGCAGGCCUGCAUCUCAGAGCUUGGCAUGCUGCAGGUAGAAGGCUGUCACAGACCACAUCCCACCUUACUGCCACUGGCGGUAGCAGACGGGCUCCAGCAGUUCAAACAGUACAGCAGACACAUGGCCACCAGUGCUGCUCAGCCCUGCACUUCCCUGGAGAUUACUGUCCUGACUUCUCAGCCUGGAAAAGAAGUGAUUAAACAACUAGAGGAAGGAUUGAAAGAUAUAAACCUACUUAGCGUCAGAAGGCUGCAGGUGGUUGAGGUUACAAAAGGCAUCCAAGAGCGUGUAGAUUCACCAUCUCCUUCUGAAGAACCCAGCAAUGAUGAGAGUUCUAUCCUGGAAGCUGACACUGUCCUUCAGACUCUAGGCAACGAUGUUGUCAGCAUGGAGGUCUUCUUCAAAGCCUGGCUGCAUAACAGUGAAACUGACCGAGAACACAUCCACCUUUUUCUUACUCCGCAGAGCCUUCCUCCUUCUUCCAGAGCCAAGGAUGAGCCAAUAUGUCUGAAAUGCGAUCUCCAAGAGCGAUUUCUCAGCCCAUCCCUGCUUCCUGGCACGGCCGAUGGCUCAUUGAGAAUGGAUGACCCCAAAGGAGACAUCAGCACACUCUACCAGAUGGCUUCCCUGUCAUCAUCUCCGUACAAGCUACAAGUGAUCAAGGCUCUAACCUCCAGUGGGAUCUGUGAGUCCUUGACCUAUGGACUCCCCUUCAUCCUCAGACCCACAAGCUGCUGGCAGCUGGACUGGGAUGAGUUGGAGACAAACCAGCAGCAUUUUCAUGCCCUGUGUCACUGCUUGCUGAAAAGAGACUGGCUGCUGUUGGCCAGGGGGGAACCCCUGAUCCCCAGGUACAACCAGAAUGUUCCUGCCUGCAGCUUCUAUGUGAUCACACCAUCUCCCUCCCUCACACUGCUGGUGAAGUUGGUGGCCACGAGGGAACUGAUGCUGCCUGUCUUCUUCCCCCCGCUGGCUGAGGACCCACCCGGGGACAGCCUAAAGAUCAUAGAGAGUACACUAGACAGCCUGGAGCUGGGGCCCACCUACAACCCAUUGCAAGUUGGGAGCCACCUGUAUUCACAUCUGACCAGCACCUACGCCAAGCCUCAGGGACGGCCCUACGCAAGCUGGGAGAGCCGCAGCCUUAGAAAGGCCGGGCAACCACAGACCAACAAAGUUCGAGCCACAAUUGUCCCCCUGCCAGUGACUUCAGCCCCAGGUAGAGCUCCCAAGACUUCGGCAGCCAGCAAAGCUUUCUCGGGAAACUUGGUGCCUUCUGAUUCAGAGGAGGAGUUCCCUUCUCACACCUAAGUCCCCAGCCCAGAGCAAGGCCGUAUCACACCCACACCGGCACUCACAGGGUGGCUGCCUGAGGGCUGUCAGCCUGCACCUGAGCGUGAGCUCAGGCUAAGAAACAGCCUCUCCCUCCUCAGUUCCCACAAGUGCUGUUGCCCAACUCAGAGCACACCCAGGCCCGUCUUUUGUCUGGCAGGGACUCUCUUCUGGGUCAUUUGAUAGUAUUGACACAAAUAACUAAACGCCCAGUAAGCCUCUACCAUUGUUGGGAGCAUUCCUAGGCCAGAAUUUCUUCUACUGCAGCUCUGUGUGAGAAGGUAGGUGAGGCCAGGUCACCCCUGGGAAACUGCAACUCAAGGAUAAGGAUGAGCUUUCACAGCUCAGAAAAAUCAAGACAUUAGAACUUGAACCCUGGUCUAGAAAGGUACCUUGCCCAGACCACCCACAGCAGUUUCCUUCAGCUUCAGACACAGGAGCACUGGGCAAACCUCUGUGUAUGUUGAGGGACAGGGUGUUGUUGUGUGGCCAGCAGAGGGAGUGGAGGGUGUGAAAGAAGCCUACUCCCUUCCUCAUCCCCUCUGCCCACACCUGCCCACCUUCCUGUCGGAGCCCUUGAAGCACAGGGAAAAUGGCUGCCAUGUGCAAAGUGCCUUCCCUACACUUUAGAUCCUAGCAGGUGCUUGGGAGGGUCCAUUUCCUGCAAGCAGCCUUUGGAGGCAGAGACAAAUUCUCACACUUGGUGGAAAGAAAGCAGAGGAGAGUUAAGCAGAUGACAGACGACUGAGCCAGAGUCGAGUUAGAGGCCACCCAGGCCGGAUCUGAGUCAGCACACUGUAGGCUUUCCUCCCUGGACCCUUCCCUCCUUCCAUGGUCCCCGA